AUGUCAGAUUCCUUUGACUCACCUCAAGCAAAUGAUACUGUACCCAAUACCCCUACCAACAUCGCCGAUGAUCACGAGAAUGAUUUUGCGAUCCUCAUUCCUGAUAAUGACGCUGCACGCGUAGCAUUCAGUGCGGUGGCAGAAUUGAUACAGUUGGACAAUGAUCGGAUGCCACACGCUCGACGAUUUGUCCAUAUCAACCCGAAUCGCUCUCUCCUGUCGCCCGAGACGAACACAGACACCGAUACCAGCGAACAAGUUGUUCGGGCACUUCUUUACUCUGGCUAUUACAGGCUCAACUUUGAUAUUGUGCCCAGCAAUCCCCUUCUUGGCUGGCUGAUAGGCCGAGGGACUGGGGACCCCGAAGAGGAAACGGGGGUAGAUCUGUCACUUUCAAUUGCAGGCGGAAAAAGUGUCCGGAAACGCCAUGCUCGGAUCACUUUUGACUUCAAAACUGAUAUUCUCAUCCUCAUUGCGGAAAAGGGUCGAAAAGUUCUGGUGAACGGAAAACACGAGCUGAAGGGGAGCCAACGUGUCCUUGGGGCUCUAGUUACGUCUUUAGACAUCGGUGGACUGCGGUACAGGUUCCAAUAUACGGUCCAGGGCCAUUCAGCAUACCAGCACCGACUUGCUGAAUACAAGGCGAAACUUGGCCUUCCCCCUACCCCUGCAUUCGAAGCCGGAUCGACAUGCACAGUGCUGGCUGGAGUUCACCAGACAACCGGCGCAUUGGUUGCAGUAAAAAGGAUGAAUAGGAGCAAGCGGAAUGCCAGUCACAUCUCGCAUGAGAUAGACAUCCUGCACUCCAUACAGAAACAUGAUCCACACCCUAACAUCUGUCGCCUUGUCGAUGACAUCUUGAUUGGAAAUGACAGACACGGUCCGAUCGACAGUCGCAUCGACGAGGUCUAUUUGAUAUACACACCUCUGGCCGCCAAUACCUUUGGCCAUCUGAUUUCCUCCGGGGUAAACAGGAGCGACCGGGUAUUGUUUUUCAAGCAGAUCCUUCAAGGCGUUGCCUACCUGCACUCUAUCGGCGUUAUGCACCGAGACAUCAAGCCGGCCAAUUUAAUGGUCGUUUCGUAUCGACCUCCACGUGGCAUGAUCACCGAUUUCGGCCACGCCACGUUUGAGAAGACGUCCAAGGAUCAUCACAAAGGUACUCUCUGCUAUUUAGCGCCCGAGGUGUGGAAUCUCAAACGCGGUGGAGAGUCCGCACCAGCAUAUGACGAAAUGGUUGACAUGUUCGCCCUUGGCGUAACGGCUUAUCAGCUGCUUUGCUUCGAGACCUGGUGGUGGGGCGAGGAGGUAAGCGCAGAAGUCUCUGAAAGCAUCGACGGACACUUGGAGCACCUAGAUAGCAGUUUACCCACGGGAGUCACCUUGUUAAGACAUAUGCUCGCAAGGGAUCCCGCAGCUCGAAUAUCAGCAAAGAACGCCUUGGAAGCCGCCUUCAUGCGAUACACCAUGGCCCCUGGGACCGAGCAUUCAGGCAUCGAAACCAAUCAACGCAGGAAAAAGAUGAAGCUCGAGAUAAGCUAG